CGAGAGGGGGCUGGGGGCUGGCCGGCGGGAGGCGGCGCCCCCUCCCCCCGUGUUUUCCCCGCGGUGGCGGGCGGUGGGAGGUGGAGUCUGGGGCCGCCCCCGCGGGCAGGUGCUGGAUGGCGGCUGGGGCCGGGGCGCUCGCAGCCAUCCCCGGCACCCCCCCAGCCUCGCUGCAGGAGUUCCCUUACCCCCCCCAGGACAGCCCCCGCGUGGCACGGGGCUCGCACACCGGGGGGGUCCCUCCGGCCGUGGAUUUGGUGCUGGGAGCCGCGGCCGGGUGCUUGGCCUGCGUCCUCACCAACCCGCUGGAGGUAGUCAAGACCCGGUUGCAGCUGCAAGGCGAGCUGCAGCCCCCCGGCACCUACCCGCGGCCCUACCGGGGGGUCCUGCGGGCCGUGGGGGCCGUGUGCCGGGCGGACGGGCUGCGGGGGCUGCAGAAGGGGCUGGCCGCUGGGCUCCUCUACCAGGGCUUGAUGAACGGCGUCCGCUUCUUCUGCUACUCGCUGGCCGAGGACGCCGGCUGGACCUGCUAUCCCGGGGGGACCGUGGCCGCCGGGGCCGUGGCCGGGGCCGUGGGAGCCGUCGUGGGCAGCCCCGCGUACCUGGUCAAGACUCACCUCCAAGCCCAGACACUGUCGCCAGUGGCUGUGGGUCACCAGCACAACCAUGAGAACAUCUCGGCAGCCUUCAGGACCAUCUACAAGCAGCACGGCGUGGCGGGGCUGUGGCGGGGGGUGUCGGGGGCCGUGCCCCGUGUGGCGGUGGGCUCGGCAGCCCAGCUCGCCACCUUCACCUCGGCCAAGGACUGGGUCUGCGAGCACCAGUGGUUCCGGGAGGGCAGCUGGGCGGCGGUGCUGGCGGGGGGCAUGGUGAGCGGCGUGGCCGUGGCGGUGACCAUGACGCCCUUCGACGUGAUCAGCACCCGUCUGUACAACCAGCCGGUGGAGGCCGACGGCACGGGCAAGCUCUACCGGGGCUUUUUGGACUGCAUCCUGCAAAUCUCCAGCAAAGAGGGGCUGCUGGGCUUGUACAAGGGCAUCGGCGCCGUCUACCUCCGCCUCGGCCCCCACACCGUCCUCAGCCUCUUCUUUUGGGACGAGCUCAGGAAGAUGGUGCAGCACCAGCAGCCCCCGGCGCCGUAGGACGCUCCCGGCCCCGCCGUGGCCAUCAAUAAAGGGUUUUAUAGGGCUGGUGGGUGCCUGCGCCGUCUCGGUGCUCUGCAGCCUCCUGAAGGUUUAUCUCUACAUCCAG